AUGGUCAAGCUCCAAGAGGUCGACUCGCACACGCAUGUCUUUCUUGUGGAUUUCAGCUCUCUUUGCCCAUCGUCUCGCUUCGAACGGAGGUCGGCAAUCAAUAGCCAUGCGGCCAGAAGAAUGCUCUUGAAGCGAUGGCAGUUGCGGAGGGAGCAGAUGAAGAAAAGUGGCGUGUCGUUAUUGACGUGGCAGGGCCUGGUCCCAAGGUGGCGAGUCAACGGAGGCAAAUCUCGGGUGACGGGUGCUGGGUCUUUCCCUCUCGAUAUGAAGUACAAGACCGACGAUUCCAGCAGCAGACACCAACCGUCGGGCAAUGCAAAGGGUUGCCUCGCAGGAUUGGAGCUGGCACAGAAAUGCUCUCCCAACAGCUUUAGUGGUCGAUGCCACCGAGAGCGGUGUCGCUGCUAUGGAUCUCCAGAGGCUCAAUCGAUUGACGACCGGGUUUGUGUCCCAGAAAGCUCCAGUGGGAACGACGAUAGCUACUCGAAAUCACAGGAGCUAUCCCUGAGCCACCAAUCCGCUGAAGCUGUGCGUGAUCCGCAAGUUAAGGCAGAGCCAAUGCCUAUAUUCGAUCCAGAGGACCAUGAUCCAUCUGAUAUGCCUUCUUAUCCAUUCAACAGCACAAAUGGUGAACCCGAGGUAUUUGAAUUUUUUCGCAAUAGGGACUCGAAUAUGAUCUGUGGCCAUGGUCCAGCAACGCCUUUGUGGUACUUAGAACUGGUGGCGCAUCAGUUCGCCCACGACGAAGCCGUCAUGCACCUGGUCCUUGCGCUCUCCAGCUACGCUUGGUCUAGUUUGCUUGGGGGAGAUGAGCACUACGAGGAAACCGGUUUGAUGCAUAUGACACAGGCCAUAGCGUUCAUCGUGGAGAAACUUAGGCAGCCACAAUCCUCGACUUCAGACAGCACUAUUCAGGCGGUAAUGCUCAUGGCGGCAAUUGAGGUGAGAUCUCCCACCGACUUCCAGCUCUACAUCCCAGUUGGCUUGUUCUAA